AGCACUUUUCAAUCUUUUACUUCAAAACCACUUCCACCUUUCAAAAUGCAAUUCACUACUGCCAUCGCUCUUCUUCUCACCGCCGCUACCGGCGCCAUUGCAGCCCCUGGCGGCCACGGUGUUCACACUCCUCCUCCUCCUCCCCCUCCCCCUCAGAACGUUGGUACCAACACCAACUACCAGUCCAACAACUGUGGCAAUGGUGCUUCGCCAUACUGCUGCAGCGCUGAGACCGAUGCAUUGGGCUCAAGCUACUGGGAGUGCUCCAACAUCAGUGAUACUUGCAACUCCAUCACUGUUUGCUGCAACAACAACAACCAGAACAACAACCAGCAGGGAGACCACAACAGCGAGGACAACAACAGCGGCAACCAGUCGUGCAGCGCCUUUGGACAACAGAAGGUUAUUUACAAAUAAAUUCGUCUGCAUCAGUCUAAGGACUAUAGCUAUCUUAUUCACGAGUCUUCUAGUCUCUUAAGAUAAGCACAGCCUAAUGUACUAGCAGCGGAUUUAGGCUCAAAAAUGUGAGAUGUUAUGUUGAAAAGGGGGAUUUGGUUCUUUUCUAUUCGGGUCAAAAGAUAACUUGUACCAAGUAAUUUUUUCUACCCAGCUACUUUCUUUAACACUAUUUUGGCCGAUUUAGUUUACAUAAAAUAAAAAGGAUUGCUUUGAACCUACAA